CUGAUAAAACGUACUUAGUUAAUUAUUCGCUACAUCAUAAACAUGAUGUUCAGAUGUUUCUUGUUAAUUAAUUUAUUUCUUCUUGUAUCAAGUUAUAGAUACUCUUGCAGUCAUGCAUCCGCGUUAAAGCUUAUGAAAAGACCGGCUUACGAGUUUUCUAUAAAGAUUUUAGACAGAGUAUCUCAUGAGACCGGCGGCCAUUUUGUCUUCUCACCGAUGUCGACGUGGUUGCAACUAAUGAUACUGUCUGAUGGAGCAAGAGGGAGAACAUUAAAUGAGAUUUGGAAGGUGACAAGACAUCACAGGAUGAAAUGCUUCCGACGGAAGAUCAGAGACAUUUUAAACCUUACGGAUAAGGAGUUAAAGUUAAUGAAUAAAAGAAGCAGUGUUAUUGUUGUGGAUAAAUUAAUGAAAGUGAAGAGGCGUUUUAAACAUGAAUCUGAGAAACAUAAUGGUGUAAAAGUUUUGUCUGUGGAUUUUAGUGAACCUGUAAAAGCGGCGGAUAAAACGAAUGCUGUUAUAGAGUCUGCGAUGGGGGGUUUAAUCACUGAGGGGGUUUACCCGACUGACUUCAACUACACUGUACUUUUAAUGAUGGAUGCGACGUACUUCAGAGGUGAUUGGAAGUUCCCUUUCAAUAGUGCUUAUACAACUGUUAAGCCAUUUUAUUCUCAUCUAGGUAAACAUCUCGGUGAUGUAAAGAUGAUGAACCAGAUAUCGUAUUUCAAUUUAAUCGAUAUACCGUUAAUUAAAGCUAGAGUUUUAGAACUUCCUUGCAGUAAAGACGAUCGUGUUUCAAUGUUAGUGUUCUUACCAACUGAAGGUACGGCAUUUGAUAUAUUCUAUUCUUUAAACGCUAUCAGAAUGAGAGCUAUUUUCAAUUUGUACAAACAGAAAAGAAUGCAACUCGUUAAUGUGAAAUUACCGAGGUUUAAAAUUAUUACUGAUGUUGAUACGUUGCCAGAGUUAUUAUAUGAUAUGGGUGUAAAGAGAGUAUUUUAUCCCAAUCUUGCGGAUUUGAAAGGAAUAAGUGAUUAUGGUGUUUACGCUUCUUUGAUGUCUCAAAUAUCAGAUAUAGAAGUCAUAGAAGAAGGGAUCACAGCUAAAUUCGUUGCAGAGUUUUUGGUUACAGAUAAAAAAACCGUUUCGUUUAACGCAGAUCGUCCAUUUGCGUUCUUAAUCGUCGAUAAAAAGACAGAAAUGAUCUUGUUCGCUGGAUCUUAUAACACGCCUUCUUUGUAUUAAAAAUAAAUAUAUAUAAGUUAGCUUAAAAACGUUUUUUUUUACAAUAAAACGAUUUUUAAUAA